AUGAGGUCACUGAGUGAUAUUACUAUUUUAGCUUGUGAUGGUAAUGAAACUUUUACUUGUAAUAAUGGACGGUGUAUUCCACGAUCGUGGCGAUGUGACGGUGACAUAGAUUGUAAAGACAAAGAAGAUGAGCAGAAUUGCACAGUAGAUGGACAAAUCCAGUGUGGUCCGGAAGAAUUUCAUUGUGCAAAAGAUCAACCUGUUCCGGCGUUUAAAACAGCUCAUCAGACUUGUAUACCGUCGCGAUGGGUGUGUGACGGUGAAUUCGACUGCGAAGAUAGGAGCGACGAACGAGACUGUCCAGAUGUGCAUUGUACAGAGAAUCAAUUCACAUGUUCGGAGUUUGAUGGUAAAUUUAAACUGUGCAUACCAAAGUCGUGGCAGUGUGAUGGGCAGAUGGAUUGCGCCUCUGGCGCUGACGAAGAAAAUUGCGCAAAGCGAAAAUGCGAGGACAACGAUUUCCAAUGUGCAAAUGGAAUUUGCAUAUUCAAAAAUUGGGAGUGCGAUGGUGAGGAUGACUGUGGAGAUCGAUCUGAUGAAAGUAAUUGUACUUCGACACCUCAGCAAAUAUGUGAUUUCAAACAUAUGUUCAAAUGCGUCAGCAGUGAUGGCUGUAUAUCAAAGGAUUGGGUAUGCGAUGGCGAGGCGGACUGUUUAGACCACUCAGACGAACGGAACUGUAGUGAUACACCACAUGAGUGUGCUCAUCCGGAAACAGAAUUUGCAUGUGCAUCUGGACGAUAUUGCAUAAAUAAAAUGUGGUACUGUGACGGAGAAGAGGAUUGCCCAGAUGGAAGUGAUGAAAGAAAUUGUGCUUCUUCUCGAGAAUGUGUAAAAGGCGAGCGGAGUUGUCCGGGCAGCAACCUUUGUAUCUCUGAUAGUCAAUGGUUGGUGUUUAUGUGCAACGGGGUGGAGGAUUGCCCUGACGGAUCCGAUGAGUUGCACUGUGAUAAAAAUAGCACAGCUGUAUGUGCUGAGAAGAGCGACUAUUGUGAUUGCCACAACUCAUUUGUUAAGAAUGCACAUUGUAAAAUACCGGGAACAUGCGACCAGAUUUGUGAGAACACCCUGGGUAGUUAUGUAUGCCGAUGUCACCAUGGGUAUAAAUUAAGUCGAAGUUCUGAUUCGACUGUUCCAAACAGAUGUAGGGCACUUGGAGGAGAUCCACUUUUAUUGCUGAGCAAUAGGGCAACGAUUAGACAGUUUGAUCUUGUUACUAAUGUGCAUGUUCCACUAAUCCAAAGUCCCGGAUCCGCCGUUGCUAUGGAUUUCCAUCUUCGAAAUGGGACAUUGGUGUGGUCGGAUAUUGCUCUUCAGAAAAUCCUAAUGUGUAAAAUUGGAAACGACUCUGUUCAUCAUCACUUAGCAGUUAGAGAGAAGUGUGCUGAGGGUGAACAGCACGUACUUCUUGAGUCAAACGUGCACACUCCUGAUGGGUUGGCUGUUGACUGGGUUCACAACCUUCUCUUCUGGACUGAUGGAGGUCUUGAUCAGGUAAAUGUGAUGGAUUUGGAAACACGGCGUACACGCACGUUAUUUUCUGAUGGGCUGGAGGAGCCGCGAGCCAUAGCAGUAGAUCCUGAGAUGGGUCUUAUUUUCUGGACCGAUUGGGGCAAGGAGGCUCGUAUAGAGCGUGCUGGGAUGGAUGGACAACACAGAACGGUUAUCGUGAAAGGAGAGCGUGUAAAGUGGCCCAAUGGUCUUGCUCUUGACUACAUUGAUAAACGUGUCGUUCUACACUCACAUCAGUAUCUCCGGCACCCAUUUUCAAUUGCUGUGUUUGAGGAUCGCAUUUAUUACACUGACUGGGAACAUGAUGGAGUAAUUACCAUCAACAAAUUCACCGGAGGUGAAAUGCGUACAGUAAUGCAGAAAGUUUCGACUCCAAUGACGGUUAGGAUUUACCACAAACUCGCUCAACCAAAACUUCCGAACAAGUGUGAUAAUUCCGGUUGCAAUGAAAUGUGUCUACCGCGAGCAGUCUAUCGUAAGACCGAACCUGCUCUUGAAACAGAUUGGCAUGAUCGACCGUAUGCGUGUAUGUGUCAGGGAAAUACCCCUGCUGACCUCAUUGAAUGCGCAGGUAAAAUAUUUGUUGGUUUGGUGUACUACCGUAAACGUCAUUAUAACGGCUCCUUCACUGCUCUGAACUUCGACAAUCCCAUCUAUCGGCGGACGACGGAGCCUGAUAUGGACGAUCCUUUCCGUGAUCCUUUUACGUAUGACUGA